AUGUCUUCUUUCCAUCUUCGUCCCGUCGCAGAGCACUCUCCCUCCCCACCAUCAAGCGCCUCAACAACAACAGCAGGAGAUCAUAUUCACUUCGCGGUAAGUCCAACUUCAACCUCCAGUACUUCGUCAUCUGAUAUGCAUCAAGAUGUCAACCUAAGUCAGGAUGGUAGUUCUACACCCAGAAAGUACCCUGCACCACCGACUGGUCAUGAACUUAUGGCCCUUUUCCCUCCUGCACCACCAGCAAACUUUGCAGAAAUGAGACCUGGCCCUACCAGUGGAUUCUUUCAACGACAAGAGCGCGCAUUCUUCGCUCAAGCCGGAAGGGAGAUCGUCCGUGUUCGCGUAGAAAUCGAUGUACCGCAGCAAGACGAUACUCAUAAUAGCGCAAAAUCUAGGGAGCCGCCACAAAGUGGCGCACCGCGGUCCUGGCCACAGCUUCCGCCACAUCCUCAGCAUCACUCACCGAUUGAUUCACCGAUGGGUCCCUAUCCCCACCAUCCAAAGCAACCCCGGUCUUCUCGUUCGAUGCCGACACCCACCCAACCACCAUCCAUGUUUCCCGUGGCACCUCACAGCCAACCACCUCAACCACCUCUCAAUCUCCACUCACAGUCACAUCAUGGUGGCGUCGGAUUACGUAGUCCACCUCAUGAUGUACAUCCCAUCCCUGGUGCAAAAGUAGAAAUUCCUCCUACAGAGGAUUACCGAGAAGACUCAGAUGAUGCGUGGCGGAGGCCGACUCCUUAUGCAGAUCGCCGGCGAGCAGGAAAGCAUACUAAGCGUAUCGUCGUUCGGAAUUGA